AUGCGCACCAUCUCUGCCACCUCGUUCGUCGCUGCCGCUGCCGUCGCCGCGGCUGGUUUCGCCGGCAGCGCUCAAGCUCAGCUCGACCCCUCCCUCAUCACCGGUCUCUCCUCCGGCUGUGCAGGCAGUCUCGUGUCCUUGGUGACCAACUCCUCGGGCGUGAGCCAGUGCUUGUCCCUUCCUACCGCAGUAGGCGCGCUUACCAGCGCUGGCAACAACUCGGUCAUCCCUGGACUGCAGUCGUACCUCUCUGGCAGCAUCUGUGGAUCGGGCAAGCCCGUCUGCAGCCAGUCGCAGCUCCAGUCUGCCAACCAGACCUUGCUCCAGGGCUGCUCCAGUGACCUCCAGAGCAACAACGGUCAGAACAUUCCCGCCCUCAUCGCAUUCUUCCUCAAUCGAUACUCGCAAUUGCGUGAGGGAGCAUGCCUUCAGGCCGCCUCGAACUCGUCCUAUUGUUUGAUCACGGCGCUGUAUUCUGUGCAGAACACCACCGGCCAGCAGCUCUCCUUCAGCGGCCUGCAGAGUCUCCUUGGCAGCCAGCAGGGCCAGCAGCAGGCGCUUCAGGCACUUGCCUCGAACCGCACUGCCUUCUGCACCGACUGCAACAAGGGUCUCUACUCCGCUCUCUUCAACGGCACCUCGAACCAGCAGGUUUCUGGCGCCGUCAGCCAGACCUGUGGCUCCUCCUUCGUCGAUGGUCAGAUUCCUUCCACCCUCAAGAGCACCGCUAGCGGCUCCUCCAGCUCCAGCGCCCCAUCCGGCUCGGGCUCCGGCAGCAGCGGCUCCUCGGGCAACGGCGCUUCUGGCAUCAACGCCGGCGCUGUCGCCGCUUUCGGCUCUGCUCUCGCUGCCGUCGCCGCCGGUCUUGCUCUCCUCUAA